AUGUUUUGCAGAGAAUGGCGAUCCGCACUGGUGGUCAAAGCUUUGGGAAGAUCGGUCUCGUAUACGUUGAUGGCAAAACGCUUGGUUGGCAUCUGGGCAAAAGCGGGGACACUCCAAGUUACCUCAGUGAAGAACGGGUAUUUUCUCGUUAGAUUUACGAGUGGCAUUGAUUAUGAAAGGGCUGUUACCGGUGGUCCUUGGUUGGUGGGUGAUAACUACCUAACGGUACACCCUUGGUCUGAGGAUUUUAAUCCUUAUGAACAUGAAAUAUCAUCGACGUUAGUUUGGGCACGUCUGCUAGAUAUCCCAAUUCAUUACUUCCACCAAGUCGCAGUGAUGAAGAUUGGGAGUCGUAUUGGGAAGCCAAUCCGAGUCGAUCAAGCAACGAGUACUGGAGCUAGAAGUGACUAUGCUCGUGUUUGUGUUCAAGUUGACAUUACGCGACCGUUGUUGUCUCAGUUUACGAUCAAAGGGAAAAUGUAUUUUAUACAGUAUGAAGGUCUCGAGAAAAUCUGCCUCAAGUGUGGCACAUAUUCCGAACGCAAUAGAUGCUCUUGCCAGUGCCCACCGGAGACGAAGGAGCCAGAGGCGGUGGUUGAAGAGAUGCCCCAGGUGUCAAAAGCCCCAGAAGCCUUGUAUGGAGAGUGGAUGAUAGCGAAGAAAAGACCGCGUACCCGAAAAGAACCAGCUGCUGGUAACGAGAGGGCGAGUAAAGGACGGGGAAUGGGUCAACCUCGACCUAGCAAUAAGCAAGAAGGUUCUCGUUUCGCAGCCCUCGACACGGAAGACCUAAUGGAAACAGUGGAGAACCGAGAUCAGGGGAGCAACAGACAAGCAACCAGUGUCCCAAUAGUUCGUGUGGAUGGUAGCAAAGCCAAGCAAAUAGAGAAACCAAAUCAGAGUAAACAAGGGAACAAAGAGAAUGUUUCGAAAGUGAGGAACCAAGGACAAACUGAGACUGUGGACCGCAUGGUGCAGGACAUACCCCAAUCAGUAGGAGGAAACAUGAGGAAGGCAGCAGCGAAACCCACCGAGCCACUUGAAGAUAGUCCAUGCUGA